GGCAGGGUGGGAGAGGUAGGUGAGGGCAGGAGAGGAAGACAAGCUCCAGUUGAAGUCUAACCUGAGGAGUGAGAGCUCGCGCACCUCCUCUCUCCUCCCUCGUCCAUGCUAGUCUCCUUCCUCUGGAAACCAGCACUUCCCUAAGUGCCGUGUGCCGAUGGCGUGCCCUUGACACACCGGCGAGCACCCAUCUGGCCUCUGUCCGCAUCAGGACCUGGAAUUUAAAUAAAGAAUAAUGCUGAAAAUGAGGGUGAAUUUGGUGAUUUUGAGUGUGGUGGGCGGCUGGGCACUGGACCUGGAGCCCGGGCUGGGCACAGCGCCUCGCAAGUGUGAAAGGAUUACUAUACCCAUGUGUAAAGAGAUGCUCUACAACACCACCAGGAUGCCCAACCUCUUGGGACACUUCAGUCAAGCAGAGGCCGCUAUUCAGGUCCACGAGUACAUGCCACUGGUGGACAUCGGGUGUAGUCGACACCUGCGGUUCUUCCUGUGUUCGCUGUACGCCCCCAUGUGUUCCCCUGUGGUGGGCACCCCCGUCCCCUCCUGCAGGUCCAUUUGUCUCCAGGUAAAGCAGAACUGUCUACCAGUGCUGCAAAAAUUCAAUUUUUCAUGGCCAGCUGUUCUGGACUGCUCUCGACUACCCACUCCUGAAGAUAAUGGCCUCUGUAUGGAACCACCUAACGUAACAGCUUCCUCCCUACCUCGGGACCAUAUGGGACCCUCCCGAACACUCCCCACUAUGAGCAUGCCUCCUACACCACAUGACCCUCCUAAGGUGGCUUGUCCCCCUCGGCAGAUUUGGGUGGAUAGCAAGGGCGGUGGAAUGUGUGCACCCAAAUGUGGCCAAGAUGUUCUCUUCCGCAGAGCUGAUAAACAUUUUGCAGAGGUGUGGAUGCUGGUGUGGGCAGGACUGUGCUUUGUCUCGACACUCUUUACUGUCUUGACCUUUUGGCUGGAACCGGCCAGGUUUCGCUACCCAGAGAGACCCAUCAUAUGCUUGUCACUCUGCUAUCUCCUGUACUGCCUUGCCUACCUAUCCAGGUUGGUGGUGCCAGUUGAGGUGCUUUCGUGCGAGGUGUCACAGAAUGGGGUGUCGCACCUCGCUGUGGAGGGUCUACAGUCAUCAGGAUGCAUCAUCACCUUUAUUCUGCAGUAUUAUUUUGGGAUGGCAUCGGGUAUCUGGUGGAUGGUACUGACAUUGACCUGGUUCCUGUCAGCAGGAAAGAAGUGGUCAUCUGAGGCACUACAAGCUUAUGCUUCAUAUUUCCACACUGCUGCUUGGGGCCUGCCUGCUGUGUUCACAAUUCUCAUCCUUGCCUUUAAGCAGGUGGAUGGAAAUGAGCUAGUGGGUUUGUGUUAUGUUGGCAAUGUACACCAGUGGGCCCACAUGAGCUUUGUAUUGGCUCCAUUGUCUUCCCUUCUGGCCAUCGGUACUCUUUUCAUUGCAUUUGGCUUUGUGGCACUCUUUCGCAUCCGCCGUGCAAUCAAGAACGAGGUGGAUAAUACACAAAUUAGUGGAGGAACUAGUUUACCGUUAGCUGCCAACUCCUACCACGUAGCAACUAACGUAAAUAAGUUAGAGAAACUCAUGAUACGCAUUGGAGUCUUCUCUGUCCUCUACACUGUCCCUGCUGUGUGCGUUAUUGCCUGUAAUGUAUAUGAAUACCUCUGCCAUCAGCAGUGGCACGCAAUGGCAUCAGCUGCAGCUUUGCAGUGUGGUGUGGGAAUGCACAGAAGUGGAUUCUCUCACAAGCAAUAUCACCGUGGUAUAGGUGGAAGUGCAGAGUGUACAUUGGAGCAGAGCAUACCAUCUGUGGAGAUCUUCAUGUUAAAAAUCUUCAUGUCAUUAGUCGUAGGCAUCACAUCAGGCAUGUGGAUUUGGUCAUCAAAAACGGUGAUGUUGUGGCAGAAGUUCUUCCAGGGUCUGUGUGGACAGCGUAAAGUCUUGAGGAAGAAAGAUGGUCACAUUUACCAUCCUCCCAACCAGAUGAAGAGUGUAAAAGCCACCAAUGGUCAGCACCAAGGUGCUAAAGGUAUGCAACAUCCAGUACAACACCAUCCAUCAUCCCAGCAGUCUGCAGAUUUAGCUCAGUUUCCUCACAGGUUACACAGUUCAACAACUAUGCAUUUAUCUCAAGUGUGAAGUUACACUGAAGAAAUUAGCUAAUAAUUUUGUUUAGUCUAUUUUAUAUUAUAAAAGUACAAUAGCUUUAAUGAUGAAUAAGUAUGCAUUUUGAGGAUGUUUGCAAUUAUUACAUAUACAUACAAUAUUUCUUAAACAAAAGUGAAUGUGUGUGCAAUUAUGUUCAUAAGGAUAUGCUGUGUUUGAAGCACAUCCAUUGGGCAUGUAGUGUGUAUUUGGCCCUGCACCACGCCUGUAGGUCUACAGUAUGUGAGUGAGCAAAGACCUGCAGUAUAGAUGGAGGGUGUGAGCAUAAAGAGGGCUGCAUUGU